AUGCUUGGGGCUGGCUCCUGGUUUGUUGGGCUUGCCAUUCCCACUGUAUUCGUUGGUGGCUUUAUUGCCUCACGUAAACGUCUAGCGUAUCAAUGGCGAGAGGAACUCAUGGAUCCCGAUAACACAGUCUAUCCACCCAUCACAAUGAAUGAUAUGGACUUUUUCCGCGGAGUUUCCCCAUCGUAUCAGAAAGAAGGAAGUGGUGUGACAUUAGCGGUAAAUGAAAAUAUUGGAUUGUAUGUAAAUCGUGAUGUACUUUCAGUUGAAGAGAGAAAUGUGUUGAUGGAUGAGGUUGUACGUUGGGUCUCACUCUUUGGACAGAAAAUAGAUCCCAGGAAAUUUGAUUUUUAUGAGAAUAAGAAUAAUAAGAAUAAGGAAAAUUCUAAUGAUGUGGAUUUGAAAUGUUAUAAAGAGACUUCUAUUAUUUCCGAUCAUGCAGAAGAUAUUCAAUUAAUGAAAGCUCCAUGGGGAACAGGUGAUCGUAUUCGAUAUGAAGCCAUGCCAGCAACACUGCGUUUCUUAGUAGAUAAAGUCCAACGAACAUUUGAGGGUGUUGGACGUCUUCGUCAUGUUUACGUGGAAUACUCCCCAAGUGGUAAAUUUUAUCAUGAGCCACGGGCAACGAAAGGGUUUGAUGGACACGAUUAUGUUAUUAUUCCUUUAAGAAGUGAUACAAAUCCCACUGUAGUAACCUUUUCACCACUUUUACGAUCUAAAGUAUCCAUAUUGCAGGAAGUGCAGGAAAACUCAUGGACUUCACGAGAUAUAGAUGCUAUUAUUCCAUCUAAUGCCGCUCUUCGUGUAUAUGGAACUGCACGUUAUGAAUGGGGUUGGGGAAUUCGACCAUGUGAAGUUUGGUUUGGACAUCGACAGAAUACACUUAAACACUUGUUAAACACCACAUUUGUUCAUAGAGGUAUGAUGGAACGUGUAAAGAGACGUUUACUGUAUAUGAAACCAAAGCAUACAGUUCAACAAGAUGCGGCACUUGUAGUACUUCACUUUGAAGGACCACGUGAUAAUAAUAAACAACGUUCAUUAUUACUGCAACCAGAAAUACUUAUUUUUGGGCGACCACCUGCUCCUGAAAUGUAUGAGCAAUGGGUGGAGGACCGUCCCACACAAGAGGUAGUUCGUAAAGAAGGUGUUUUUUUAUUUAUGAUUAAGAACUACUUGGAAAUGUUACAAGUGAGCUGA